AUGUUUGCCCCUCUUUCGUCUAGCAUGUUGUCUCAUGUUCACCUGCAUCUUCUGCCGAGUGCCAGCUGCCUUUUCGAUGAGCCUGUCCACGUGAAAGUGACCGGUCUAAGGUCCAGGCAGGUGGUUACCCUGAGGGCCCGGGCCACCAACGAGCGAGGGGUGGUCUUCCGCUCGGCAGCCAUCUACCGGGCGGAUGGCAAUGGGGAGGUAGACCUCUGCCGGGAUGCUUCCCUGUGUGGCAGCUAUGAAGGGGUGGAGCCCAUGGGUCUGCUGUGGUCGAUGCGGGCAGCUGCGCCCCACAAGUACUUCCACUGGAGUGAGGCAAUCAGUCCCCACGUGGUCAGGUUCUCGGUGCACGACAGUGUUGAUGUGGAGGACGAGGAGCGGGGUGUAGCCCUGGCUGAGGCCACCAACGUGAGGCAUCUGAUGGGAGAGGGCGUCACACGGGUGGUUGUCCACCUCGGGAAGUACACUGCAGUGUUGUUCACACCACCAGGUGAAGGUCAGUUCCCGGGUCUGUUGGAUUUGUCCACCUUCGCGUCGGAGAAGCGAGCUAGCCUGUUAGCCAACAAAGGCUUCAUGGUUCUGUGCAUGCCUGUGUUCUACGAGAAAGCUGCCAACAUCAAGUAUGUGGAGCUGGACUACUUUGAGGAAGCGCUGUGCUUGUUAAAGCAGCACCCUAAGGUGGACAGUGACAGGCUGGGUGUGAUCGGGCGUUGCAAAGCAGGGGACAUCGGCCUAUCUCUGGUGUCCUUUGUUCCAGGCGUGCGCGCAAUGGUCUGGAUCAAUGCCUGCAGCGCCAACUCUGCUGUCCCUCUUCAUUACAAGGGCCGACAGAUCCUUUCCUCCUUGUCUAUGGACCAGAGGAAGGUCAUACCCACCUCUGACGGUGCCAACAUUGGCAAAUUUGUUGUCGGUAACCCCGAAGACGAAGAGAACCAGAGCAGCCGGAUUCCUGUGGAGAAAACCAGCGCUCACCUUCUAUUGCUGGCUUCGGAGGACGACCUUAACUUCGACUGCAAGGCAUACAUGGAGAGCAUCGUAGCCAGACUCAGGAAGGCUGGGAAGGACAACGUGGAGAGCGUGUGCUACCCGCGAGCUGGGCACCUCCUGGAGCCGCCCUACGGGCCAUACUGCCACUCAUGUGUGAACGGGUUUAUUAGCAUAAUAAACUUGUGGGGUGGGGAACCCCGAGCCCAUGCCCACGCCGAGGUGCUCGCAUGGAGAAAGGUGGAGGAGUUCUUGAGAAGCCGACUGAUGCUGAUGUAA